AUGGCGAUGCUUCGGUACGCCGUGGAUGGCGUCAAGCGUCAAGCGCUUACAGGAGGCUAUGGGGGUCGAGCUGCGAAGCAGUUGGAGUGGAUUCUUUCUUCGCGGCUCUCCAGCGAUGUCUUGCGAAAGUCGGCGACGAAGCUGUUGAGGAACGGUCGACAGCCCUGGGUCUUCGCCCUUCAUUUGCUGCGUCGUUUGGAUGAGAGUGCCGUGCGGCCAGACUUGAUUUCCUUUGGAGCCGCCCAAGAUACCUUGGCACACAGCAAGCACAGCUCGGCGUGGCAACAUGCGCUGGCUGUGUUGGUGGAGGUGCAGCUGCGCAGACUCAGUGUGGAUGCAGCGUUGAUGGCUGUGGCCAUCCAUGCGUGUCGACAGCGAUGGCGACAGGCCUUUGCAUUGCUGGCAGAUGCUACAAGGCGCAGUCUUUUCAGCGAUGUGGCGCGCAGUUCCAGUAUCUUGGCCUGCGGCGUAGCCUUGCAGUGGCGCAGAGCAUUGGCCAUCCUUACAGAUAGCUCGACGUCGGCGCAUCGCAUCCCCUGCUCUGCCGCCACGUACAGCUCAGCAAUGUGUGCGAUGGAAAGCGCCACUCAAUGGCAACAUGCCUUGGAGAUCCUCCGCUUGGCCAUAGAAGAGGCCCAACGGGCGGCUUGA